AUGUCUGAGAACUUAGUUUUAAAACAAUACAUAUCCUUUCCUAGAGAAAUUACUGUUAAUAUUGACUCUUGGAAAAAUAUCAUUGAAAACUCACCUGCUCAUCAUGCAGUAUGUUGGAUUUAUAAGAGCAAGUCAAAUGGUGAUAUGUCUACUUUUAACGAAGAAGGCCAACCUAUGCCAAAGCGCGCCUAUAAGAGUCGUGCUGGUGUACAGGCAGAAGAUGAAUCAUCUAAAAGCCAGCCAAUUCAGAAACCAAGCAAGAAGAUCGGUUGCAGAUGCUAUAUCACUGUCACCUGCUAUUUCGUAACCCCUAAUCAGGUCACCAUUAAGCUUCAUAAUGAGCAUAAUCAUCUUAUUGGAAGCCUUGAUGAUAUCUCUUUUUUGCCUUUAUCGGAUAAUACGAAGGAAGUUAUAUUGCAAGAGUUACGUGAAGACUAUGGUAGAAGAGACAUAAGAGCUGCAAUCCAUUGUCAUUUUAAUGAAAGGAUAAGAGAUCUUUUCUCUGAAGCUGCCAGUUCGUCAUCCUCUUCAGUAUAUGCUGUACACCGUGAUCAGUUUGUCCAUUCAGAAGAUGUUUACAACAUAUAUAGAAAGAUUCAAGAACUAUCGUAUAAAAAACAUAAUGAACGAGAUCCAUAUGCAUUUUUGACUUAUCCUUUAACAUCCAUUCUUUCACCAAUCAAGACAUCAAUAUACGACAUCAUUGAAGAUGGUGCUGGUAACACGAAUAAUAGUGACGACGACUGCGACAAUGUAGAAAGCAACAAGGAUGCCACCAGCUCUGAUGUUGUUGGCAUUGGCUAUGCACGAAAAUCAGUAGCUAAGGAAAUUGAUGUGUUUCGGUCCCACUUACUGCAGCUAAUGGUCGACAAGUUGCACUUUCGGUUGAAAUGUCAAGAAGUUUAUGUAAGCUCAUGUUGCGCAGCGAAUGAUACAAACUUGAACCGAGAUUCGCCAUCAUUCCAAACCAUACACGCAUCGCUAAAAGGCUGUCAAGGAGCAUCGCCGAUCUAACUAAUCGACUAUAUUGCUUACAACAAGAAGUACGGCUUGGCAUAAUUGACUAUGCGCUCAAUUGGACCAUCAAUAAAAAUAUCAUGUUUAAACAAAAAAACAAAAAAAAAACUAUUUAUGUUUACCCUUUAAGUAUUAAAAAUGUCGGUAAACACUUGGUGUACUCAAGAAUGCACCCAAAAAUAGGUUAAUGCUACGGGCGCUACCUCUACCCACU